GGUUGUCAUGGAGAUGCCUCCGCCCUCAGCACCUGCGCGCUCCCGGCCUCUCACACUUCAUCCGGGGUCCUGACUCUGGUUCUGUGGCGAAGUAAUAGCGGGGGAGUCCUGCGGGCCGGUCCCGGUGUGUGCGGCUUCAGAGCUGUUCUCAAUGGCCGAGGACGUGGAGUGGGUGCUGGACAGUGUGCUGGCCUUCCUCGGCUGCCCCGCCUGGACGGCGCCAGUCUGCGGCUUCAUAGAGAACAAAUGCUCAGUGUUUGAUGAUGAAGAAGAGAAUAAGUUGUCGUACACAGAGAUUCACAAUGAGUACAAAGAGCUGGUGGAAAAUCUGAUACAAGAACAUCUGAGGGAAAUGGGGAUUAGUGAGGAGCAAUUUCAAAAGGCGUGUUUAGCUCCUCUUGCGCAUUCUCCAGAUGUUAAGAAUAUGUUGCAGUCUGUGGUAGCUGUAGAAGAUUUUAUUGUCUUUAAAGAAAUGAUGCUGCAGAAGAAUAUUGAGCUUCAGUUACAAGCAAUUCAGAUAAUACAACAAAAGAAUGGUGACCUUCCAGAGUGCCUGAAAAAUGGUGCAGAUUUAAUUUCAGACCUUGAACAACAGGAGAUAAAAAUGCUCUCGGAAGCUUUAAGGAUAUCAAAAGAAGAAUAUGAACAGGAACAGUUGCAGAGAAAGGAAAGUUGUGGAGCCAAUGUAGCUAAAAGUCUCCCUAAAACACCCAAAUAUGACAAAGUGACAACUCCAGAGACAGAACAAGUCAAACCUCUUCAGACCAUUAAGCGGCCCUUGAAAGAGGAAGAACCUUCUUACAAACUACCGCCUGUUGGAUUUAAAGAGCUUAACAGCACAGAAGCAGCUGAGGCCUGGAUAGAACAAGCAAGGAAAGAAGCCGGUAUACAAGGCACUUUAACUAGCUUGACACAGACCGAGAAGGAACAGCUCCAAGAACGGGCAGAGUAUCUCAAGCUAAAAAGAGCAGAACUUUUAGCACGGAAAUUGGAUUCUAAGAAGGGAAUCCAAAAAAUUGAAGAGCGCAAAGAUAAGGCUUCCUGCUCGCAACAGCAGCAAAAAGAGAUGACAGAAGAAGAAUUAAAGAACUUACAGAAGAGAAAGCAACUUGCAGAAAAGCUUAAAGAAGAAGUAAUUAACAAGUGAGCAGUCUGCCACUGCUGAGCAUUCUUCCAUUCUUCCAAGUUUUUGCCAAAGCUUUCCAUAUACACGUUUUGCAAGCCUUAAGUAAAUACCUAGCCACAGCCCCUACAUACAGUAGUAUUUUAUAAGAAAUGGAGCACUUGAUGAAAGGCUUUCUGCCUCUAUUUGGUCUCUUCGUAUAUAGGCCUAGUGCUGGAUGCUUCACCAAACAUAGGCCAGGUGUCAAAGAACAGACCUCCUCCUAUUGGAUAUUUAUGACAUACCCUGUGGUUAUGUUAUGUUAUAAAUGUGUACAGUGAGAAAAUAUUUAAAAAAUAAAGGCAGUUUGCUGUUAUCUAUGCAUAAUGCCUUAUUUUCUCUACUGAAUAGAUUGCCAAAAUAUGGGCAUGCUCUUCAUUUUGUAUAAAAGGUGAGCUUCCACAACUUCCUUUUUGAAAGUGCUUUUAGCAUAAGCUGGCAAUACAAACAUAAUACACAUUUUAGUUUUGCGGAAUUGCAAAUUGAAGUUUGUUUGUGUGCAGCUGAACGUAGCCAGUCUACCUUUGACUGUGCUUCCACUAUGCUGCAGCAGUUCAGCAUAGUCAACCGUAUAUUGUGUGCAACCAAAUUUACAUACUACCAGUUUUGCCACAUGGCGUACUUCAUGGACCAGAUGAAUGUAGCAAUAUGAAGCAUUAAACAAUUUGUACAAUAUGUGACUAUAGCAAACUCUACAGUACAUACUUUCCUAUACAGUGAUUUGUGUGUAUACAGGGGUGUUGGUCAACAGUAAGUAUGCAUUUCUGCUCAUAAAUCUGCAACAAAUUUGUAUAUUUAAAAUCUUAAAUUGAGGGUCUGCUGAUUUCAACUUCCUGCGUAGAAGUCAAUGGAGAAAAUCCACAGAGAGAAUCCAGGGCACAAUUCAACAUCCAUGAGGAUUUUAACUGAAUGUUUCUACAGCUUGUGGAUGAAUUUGUACAAACCCCACUCAAAAGUAAUGCUGCAGAAUUUCCACACUCAAAUCCGCAGCGUUUUUCCCUUGAGACCAUACUUUUACACAUACAGGUCACAUGCAGUAAUAUUAAGGUAAAUGUCCUCAUAAGAUUAAAAAUUUAGCUACAUUUUUUUCAAGUACAAUACCUCUUAAGUGUGAGUUAAGGAAAUAGAAGUAAUAAGUCUUUCCUAUAUUAUUGAAGUAAAAUGACUUGUUUAAUUGAUCUACAUACUUGGAUGUAGUCCUUACAUGAACUCUUGCUGGUUUUAUUUAAUAGAAAUGUAUUUUUACACUUUAUUUUUGAUGACAUCAUAGAUUGUAUAUGCACACAAGCAAUAAAAAUAUACCAUAC